AUGGCGAACAAUAAAACACAAUGUUUUACAUGUAAUAAAGAAAAAAUAACAUAUCGUUGUAAAGGAUGUUCAAGAGAAUUUUGUUUAAUGGAUUUGACAGAACAUCAACAAAGAUUAAAGGAUGAAUUAAAUUGUAUUACCAAUGAUUAUGAUGAAUUUAAAGAAAGAAUUAAUGAACAAAAACUUAGUCCACAAAAUCAUUUAUUAAGAGAACAAAUUAAUCAAUGGGAAAAAGAAUCAAUUGAAAAAAUUCAACACAAAGCACAAGAGUGCAGAGAAAACCUCAUUAAAUCAUCACAAAUAUGUAUUAAUGAUAUUGAAAUGAAAUUUAAAGAUUUAAAUGAACAAAUAAAACAAAUUCGUAAAGAAAAUGAAUUUAAUGAAAUAAGUUUCGAUUAUUUAAGAAAUCAAUUGAUGAAAAUGACACAAGAAUUAAAUAAUUUAUCAAAUAUGUCCAUUCAACAAGAUUCAAAAUCAUUUAUUAAUGAUAUUUCAAUUAUUUUCUCAAAAAAACCAGGAUGGGGAAAAUGGGAACAAAAUCCUAUCACUGUAGCUGGAGGAAAUGGACCCGGACAAGAAUUGAAUCAACUCAGUCGCCCUUUUGGAAUCUUUAUUGAUGAAAACAAAAAUAUUUUCAUUGCCGAUCAUCGUAAUGAUCGUAUUGUAGAAUGGAAAUAUAAUGCAAAAGAAGGACAAAUUAUUGCAGGUCGAACUGAAGAAGGAAAGCGAACGGAUCAAUUGAAUUAUCCAACAGAUGUAAUUGUUGAUCAACAAACUCAUUCGAUCAUUAUUGCUGACUCUUUGAACAGAAGAGUGAUUCAAUGGUUGAAUCAAAAGCAACAAAUUCUCAUUGAAAACAUUGACUGUUAUGGCUUGGCAAUAGAUAAAAACGGAUUUCUUUAUGUUUCUGAUUACAAGAAGAAUGAAGUGAGACGAUGGAGAAUGGGAGAGUACAACAACGAAGGAAUUAUAGUAGCAGGUGGAAAUGAACAAGGAAAUAAACUCAAUCAACUCAAUCAUCCUACUGAUAUCUUUGUUAAUGAAGAUGAAUCUAUUUAUGUAUCAGAUACUGGCAAUCAUCGUGUGAUGAAAUGGAGAAAAGAUUCAAAAGAAGGAAGAAUUGUGGCUGGAGGAAAUGGUCAAGGAAGAAAUCGGAAUCAAUUAUCGUCACCUCGAGGAGUAAUUGUUGAUUAUUUCGGUCAAAUCUAUGUAGCAGAUUAUUUCAAUCAUCGAAUAAUGCGUUGGUCGGAAGGAAAAGAAGAAGGUGAAGUUGUUGUUGGUGGAAAUCAAUUGAAUCAUCCCAAUGGUUUAUCUUUUGAUAAUGAAGGAAAUCUUUAUGUUGCUGAUUAUUUGAAUAAUCGAAUUAUUAAUCUGUUAAGAAUGCAUGUGGCUAGGCUUGGUAACUGUUUACAAAGUUCCUAUCGAUAUGCUAUUUUCGAUUCAUAUGGUCUUAGACGAACAACAAUUGAACGAAUUUAUCUUUGUGCUAAUAUUUCAACUCUAACUAUUGGUACACUUACUUCAUCACUUUCUGAUAAAUAUGGUCGUCGAACAGCAUGUAUUUUAUCCGCCAUAUUCUAUAUUAUCAGUUGUCUCUCACUUGUGAGUAAAUAUCAUAAAACAUCCUAA